UUGAGUCUUGACACUUGGACAAUUGACAAAUGGCAAACUCAACAAAGUUCAAUGUUUAAUUUAGAAAAUAUAAGUUAUUUUCAUACGUAAUUAGAAUUUCUUUGUGUUUUUGAAUGUUCUUCAUAUUAGAAGGAAAUGUAAAAGACGUUAUGGUAGAACUAAAAACUUUCAUACAAGAAAAAUAUCUUUGAACAUGAGUUAUCAAGAUGAAUACGUGGGUUCAUUUCCAAAGGAUUUCAGCUACGGUCCGUUCGAACAGAAUGGAGAUACCGACAACGCCUCUCUUCAGGAAGAUCACAAGCCUCGUAUACUUCUCAUGGGCCUCCGACGGUCUGGAAAAUCAUCAAUUCAAAAAGUUGUUUUUCACAAAAUGUCACCAAAUGAAACCUUGUUUUUAGAAUCAACCAACAAAAUUGUGAAAGAUGAUAUAAAUAACAGUAGUUUUGUGCAAUUUCAAAUAUGGGACUUUCCUGGUCAGAUUGACUUCUUUGAUUCAACAUUUGAUUCUGAUACAAUAUUUGGAGGAUGUGGUGCUUUAGUGUUUGUCAUAGAUGCACAGGAUGAUUAUCAGGAUGCACUGGAUAAGUUGCAGUUGACAGUGACCAAGGCAUAUAGAGUAAACAGUAAUAUAAAGUUUGAAGUGUUCAUUCAUAAAGUAGAUGGUCUCAAUGAUGAUUACAAGAUGGAAUCACAAAGAGAUAUACACCACAGAGCCACUGAAGACUUGGCAGAGGCUGGCCUGGAGCAUGUACAUUUGUCAUUUCAUUUGACCUCGAUUUAUGAUCACUCCAUAUUUGAAGCGUUCAGUAAAGUGGUCCAGAAGCUGAUACCACAGCUUCCUACUUUAGAAAAUCUUCUAAAUAUACUCAUAUCAAACUCUGGGAUUGAAAAGGCAUUCCUCUUUGAUGUAGUUUCUAAGAUCUACAUAGCAACCGACAGCUCUCCAGUAGAUAUGCAGAGCUACGAAUUGUGCUGUGAUAUGAUUGAUGUUGUUAUUGAUAUUUCAUGUAUAUAUGGGAUGGUAGAUGAAACUGAAGUAACUACUACUUUUAACAGUCAAAGUUCAAGCCUAAUAAAGCUGAACAAUGGAACUGUUCUUUACUUGCGAGAAGUUAAUAAAUUCCUUGCACUUGUCUGCAUUCUUCGUGAGGAAAACUUCCAAAAACAAGGUGUUAUUGAUUACAACUUCCUGUGCUUCCGUGAUGCUAUAACUCAGGUAUUUGAACUGCGGAACAAAGCUCAAAACGCAGCUAAAGAUCAGGCCGAUGUUGAUGAAUUACCAAAUGGCGCAGGUGACUCGCCGGAGAAUGUAGCCGAUCAUUUGCAAGCUCCUAUCCCAUAGCACAACAUACAUCAUCAUUAUUUUCUUGUAUAAAGUAUAAACUGUAGAAGGAAUAAUAUAAUUUGUAUAAACUACAGCUUAUUUAAAUUUUAUCCAUAUAAUUUACUGUAAAAAUAUUUAAAUAAAAGAAACAUUAUUUUACUGUAUAC